AUGUUGCCUGAAGAUCAUCGUGCUCGAGCCACGGACGUGGCAGAAUUGGAGACGUGCAUUGGUUUGUGUGUUGAUGAACAAACAGCACUUCAGGUGCUGAGGGACUUGGAGGAAAAGGCACUGAUCAAAAUGGAAGGAAAUGAUACCUAUGAGGUGCCAGAACUUCAGCCCUCCCGCAAUCGAUAUGGUGAAUUGUGGGGGUUGCGCUACUACUUGCACGAUGUGGUCCGUGAAGGUGCUCUCAGGCUCUUUACCAUUCUUCCAAUGCUGCAACGAGAGAGGUUGGUGUCAUCGCAGUUGAGAGACACCAUUGACAAGGGCACAGCAUUGAUGGCAAACAGAUUUUCUGCUAGUCAAAAGAUCAAGACGGACCAACAGAGGGUUUUGUGCGAUCUGGAUAUGCCAAAACUACAGGGUCUUGUGCUGCGAGAUGCAGGGGUGCCCGGGUUGCCUCCUUCCAUCCUGACUACCCAACUGCUGGCAAUUGACCUGGCGUCCUCAGGCAUCACUGAGCUGCCAUCACAACUGUCAUGUCUUCGAUUGCUGCAGCUGCUCAGAGUGGAUGAUUGUAAUGGGCUGACAUGUCUUUCUAGCGAAGUGGGCGCAAUGGUUGAGCUAAGGGUGCUGUCCAUGAGGGGUUGCAGGGGCAUCUAUGAAAUUCCCGAGUCUAUGGGAAACCUGACCAAGUUGUCCAAGCUGCUGAUGCCAGAAUGUGGAAUCGCCCAUUUCUACCUUCCUGAGUUGAAAAAAUGGAACAGGUUGACCAUGCUGAACUUGAGUGGUUGUGUGGGUUUGAAGCAGCUGCCCCGAAAUUUUGGAGAUUUGACAUGUUUGGCUAACCUGAAUUUGGGUGGUUGCUGGCAGCUCACAUGCCUGCCAAGCAGUCUUGGUCAAUUGUUGCAGCUACGAGUGCUGAUUUUGCACAAUUGUUGCAGUCUGAUGGGGUUGCCGGACAGCACAACAAACCUUGCUGAGUUGGAGGAGUUGGAUUUGCAGCAGUGCAGGCAGUUGGCAGACCUUCCCAGUGCCCUUGGCUCCUGUUGCCUAAAGUUGAGGAUAUUGAGACUUCAGGGGAUUGAUGGCAUGGCAUUCCCUCAGUUUGCAAACAGCCUGGGGUGCCUUGAGGUACUGGGUCUUCCAAGAGGAUGCAAAGUGCCCAAGGGCUGCAAACAGCAUUUUGAAGAGCUUGAAGUAUCACUGGAACAAGAUGGAUCUGGCGUGUUGUGCGGGGACAACGUCAUAUCUAGCACUCCCCUCCACUGGGCAGCUGAACUUGGCAUGGACAAGAUGGCUGCCUUUCACUUGAGAGAAGUGGAUGUGGAGUUUGGGGACAAG